AUGGACCUUAAUAUGACAAAUCUUUGUGUUCAUGGGAAGGAACACAUAGCUGCUUCAUUCUCUCAAGUUGAACCCGCUGCAGCAAAUUGCAGGAAUGAAGGCCUAGAUGUAGCAUCAGUUAAAGUUGGUUGCCUCGGGAGCUCAGAAGCAGCUGAGACUUCUAGACAAUCAUUCGAGCAGAGGAGUCGAAGUUCCCCUGUUCCUGAUGAUGACUGCAGGCUGGUCCUAGGACUUGGACCAAUGCCAAAUCUGUAUUCUGCUGAUAGCCAAUCAUCCGGUGGGAACAAAGUUAAAUUAUCUGGAAUUUUGUUCACCCAACAUUGUACCGCAAGUGAUCCUGGGUUAGUGGUGGGGACUUCAAGAGGCAGCUCAAGAAAUUUACAGUCCACGACAGUGCCUGGCCGCAAGGAGCAUUCACAUAAAAGAAAAAAUGGUAUUGUCUUCCCACAUAUUGGCGAGGGAUCAACUUCAGCCAAAAGGAAAUCAGGUGAUUAUGAGGUGUCACCUCUGUUUGCUCCAAGAUCAGAUGGUCUUUUUAUUGAUCUCCAGCAACACCUUGGAACCGGAUAUGAGGCCGAUCAUGAUUUAUCUCUUGAGCAGCAUGAGGUUGAGCUUAGCCCCGAGCCUUCAGCAACAACUGGUUGUUCUUUUGCCGCAACUUCAGAUACAGUAGAUAGUACUGAUAAUGGGGAGCAGAAAAGUCAUCAACGCCAUCUUAAGAAGUGUAGGUUCAAUGGGUGUUCCAAGGGCGGAAGGGGUGCAUCAGGACUCUGCAUUUCCCACGGCGGCGGUCACCGGUGCCAAAAGCCAGGUUGCAAUAAAGGGGCCGAGAGCCGAACGGCGUACUGCAAAUCUCACGGAGGAGGAAAGCGGUGCCAAGAGCUAGGCUGCACCAAAAGCGCCGAAGGGAAGACAGAGUUCUGCAUUGCUCAUGGCGGAGGGCACCGAUGCGGGGUUCAGGAAUGCCCCAAAGCAGCACGGGGAAGAUCAGGAUUUUGCAUAAAACACGGUGGAGGGAAGAGGUGCAUGAUGGAGGGCUGUACCCGGAGCGCCGAGGGAUAUCCCAGGGUGUGCAUCGCACACGGAGGCGGUCGACGGUGCCAGUACCCGGACUGCAGCAAGGGAGCACAGGGAGGCACCCUCUUCUGCAAGUCCCAUGGUGGAGGCAAACGGUGCAUAUCCGAAGGUUGCACCAAAGGGGCCGAGGGCAGCACGUUGCUAUGCAAAGGGCAUGGCGGUGGGAAGAGGUGCCUCUUUGAGGGAGACGCGGCGGCGUGUCCUAAGAGUGUCCACGGCAGAACCAGCUUCUGCGUGGUGCAUGGAGGAGGCAAAAGGUGUGUGGCACCAGGGUGCACCAAGAGCGCUCGUGGUCGCACCGAUUGCUGUGUGAGGCAUGGCGGUGGCAAGCGCUGCAAAUCCGAUGGGUGCGGCAAGAGCGCGCAGGGGAGCACCGACUUCUGCAAGGCGCACGGCGGGGGCAAGCGGUGCGCCUGGGGCGCCGCCGGCUGUGACAAGUUUGCCAGGGGGAGGAGCGGCCUGUGCUCUGCUCAUGCAAACCUGACGGCCUCAAAGCAGGGCCUAAGCAUGAUCAUCGGGCAUGGCCUCUUCAGCGGCGGGAUCGUCGUCUCUUCUUCCUCGACGGUGGGCAGUGGCGGCAUGGACCGUGUCAUCUCUUCUUCUCUCCCCGGCGGCGCCUCCUCAGACUGCUGCGGCGAGUCGCCGGAAGGACACUUGCAGAGCGGCAGGCUCAUACCGCCACAGCUGCUGCUUCCUGCAGGCUCCCUGCAGAAACCAUCGUCUUCGUUUAACCUGCCGGGUAAUGGCCACGAAGAAGAAGGUGGUGCUAGCCUGAACCGGAGCUUCGGGUUCGUCGUGCCGGAGGGGAGGGUGCACGGUGGAGGCCUCAUGUCGAUGCUCCGAGCAGGACACCUGGGAAGCAACAUCAACAACCCGGAAUCCUGA